AUGUUGUCUUCAAACUUCUUGUUUUUCUCGGUAACUCUACUAAUCAUCACACUCUCCCUCAUACCGAAUUUUGCUUCUGCUACUUUGGAGGAAGCCAAUGGUCUUCUCAAAUGGAAAGAAAACCUUGAAAUUCCACACAACUCCUUGCUCUCUUCAUGGAUUCCAUUCCCUAUGAAUUCCAUGACAUCAUUUCCAUGCACUUCUUGGUUUGGAGUAGGUUGCAAUGCUGUUGGGAGCAUUCAGAGGUUGAACCUCAGUUCAUCAGGCUUAAAAGGUACACUCCACCAAUUUCCAUUCUCUUUGCUACACAAUCUUACGCAUUUUGAUCUCUAUGAGAAUAACUUCUUUGGCACCAUCCCACCAGAAAUCAGACUCUUGUCCAAACUUGUAUAUCUUGAUUUUUCAUUGAAUAUGUUUUCUGGAGUAAUUCCACCUGAAAUAGGAAACCUGCACCAGCUGACCAACUUGUACCUAGACUCGAACAAUAUAUCUAGCUCAAUUCCUUCAUCAUUUGGUGAUUUGACAUCUUUGAAUACCCUUUAUUUGUACAAAAAUCUUCUAUCUGGUCCCAUUCCUAUUGAACUUGGCAAUUUGAAGUCUCUCACUCAUCUUGCGGUAUACAAAAAUCAACUUAGUGGUUCUAUUCCUUCAUCACUAGGAAACCUCAGCAACCUACAGUCUCUACACCUCUAUGAGAAUAGAUUAUCUGGUCCCAUUCCUAUUGAACUUGGGAAUUUGAAAUCUCUCACUCAUCUUGUGGUAUACAAAAAUCAACUUAGUGGUUCUAUUCCUUCAUCACUAGGAAACCUGAGCAACCUACAGUCUCUACGCUUCUAUGAGAAUAGAUUAUCUGGUCCCAUUCCUAUCGAACUUGGCAAUUUGAAGUCUCUCACUCAUCUUGUGAUAUACAAAAAUCAACUUAGUGGUUCUAUUCCUUCAUCAUUGGGUGGUUUGACAUCUCUGAAUAUUCUUUUUUUGUAUAAAAACCAACUCUCUGGUCCCAUUCCUAUUGGACUUGGGAAUUUGAAGUCUCUCAAUUCAAUUUCCAUGAGCUACAAUCAACUUAGUGGUUCCAUUCCUUCAUCACUAGGAAACCUGAGCAACCUACAGUCUCUACGCCUCCAUGAGAAUAGAUUAUCUGGACCCAUUCCUAUUGAACUUGGGAAUUUGAAGUCUCUCGCUAAUCUUCAGGUUGGCAAAAAUCAACUUAGUGGUUCUAUUCCUUCAUCACUAACAAACUUAAGCAAGCUACAGACAUUGUACCUUAAAGGGAAUAAAUUAUCGGGUAUCAUUCCUAUUGAACUUGGGAAUUUGAAGUCUCUCACUGAUCUUAUAUUGAGCGACAAUGAUCUGACUGGCUCUAUUCCUUCAUUGCUAGCAAACCUGAGCAACCUACAAUAUCUGUACCUCAAAUACAAUAAAUUAUCAGGUGCCAUUCCUAUUGAAUUUGGGAAUUUGAAGUCUCUUGAAGAAUUGGUGGUGAGCGGCAAUCAACUUAGUGGUUCUAUUCCAUCAUCACUAGCAAACAUGAGCAACCUAAAGACUAUGUACCUCCACGAGAAUAAAUUAUCUGGUCCAAUUCCUGUUGAACUUGGAAAUAUGAAGUCCCUGACUCAGCUUAUGGCGAACCACAAUCAACUUAGUGGUUCUAUUCCUUCCGAGUUUACGAAUUCAACUCAACUACGAAGGCUUAAUCUGUCUUCAAAUAAUUUGGUUGGUGAGAUCCCAAAAGCAUUUGAGAAGAUGAAAAGUAUGUUAUAUUUGUACAUUUCUGAUAACCAACUGUCAGGUAAUAUACCUCUGGAGCUCGGGUCAUUCCGUGAACUCCUUGAACUAGAUCUAUCCACAAAUAGAUUGAAUGGGUCGAUACCCAAAAGCAUUGGUAAUUGGGCACACAUCCAUCACUUGAAUCUUAGUAAUAACCAGCUUAGUGAGAAAAUUCCAGGUGAGAUUGGUAAAUUAGUUCAACUUACGGAACUUGAUUUAUCUCAGAAUUUUCUCACAAAAGAUAUACCAUCUGAAGUUCAAAGUUUGCAAAAUGUACAAAAAUUGGAUCUUUCUCACAAUAGACUAUCUGGUUCUAUUCCUGAAGCUUUCACAAGUUUGCCUCUUGGGAUUGAUAUCAACCUUUCUUACAAUGAGCUCUCAGGUCCGGUUCCCGCUAACGCCAACUUUGUGAAUGCGUCCCUACAAGGCAAUCCAGGUUUGUGUGGAAAUGUUACGGGAGUGGAACUUUGUGCAAGUCAAAUCCUGAAGAAGAAAAAUGAUCCCUUUCAUCAUCAGCUCAUCCUACUAAUUAUGCUCCCUCUUAUCGGGGCAACUUUACUUGGUUUAUUCAUGUGUGGCCUCAUUGCUUAUCGAAAACAAAAGAGACAUUCUCUACAGAAACCAUUGGAUAAUGAAGGUGGUGAUUACUUCUCCAUAACAACUUUUGAUGGAGGAGUAGUGUAUGAUGACAUCUUGAAAGCAACGGACAAUUUUGAUGAAGUAUAUGCUAUUGGAACCGGAGGAUAUGGGACUGUGUACAAAGCUGAGCUACAGCCUAACAAUGUGGUAGCUGUCAAGAAACUUCACUCAUCAUCUGAGAAUGUUGAUCAUAAUGGAUUCCUUAAUGAGGUACGAACAUUAACGAACAUAAGGCAUCGAAACAUAGUGAAACUCUAUGGAUAUUGCUCCCAUCCCCAUCACUCAUUUUUGAUUUAUGAAUACCUUGAAAAGGGAAGCCUUGGAUCAAUCUUAAAAAGUGAUGUCUUAGCAAAAGAAUUGGAUUGGUUGAAAAGGGUCAAUAUUGUAAAGGCUGUUGCUAAUGGUUUGGCUUAUAUGCAUCACGACUGCUCACCUCCUAUAAUUCAUAGAGACAUUUCCAUCAACAACAUCCUUCUUGAUUCUGAUUAUGAGGCACAUAUAUCUGAUUUCGGCACGUCCAAGCUUUUAAAGCUAGACUCAUCAAACUGGACGACAAUUGCAGGCACCUAUGGAUAUAUCGCGCCAGAGCUUGCUUAUACAAUGGUGGCAUCUGAGAAAUGUGAUGUGUAUAGCUUUGGAGUUGUUGCACUAGAAGUGGUGAUGGGAAAACAUCCUGGAGAACUGAUAACAUCUUUACCAACAUUGUCUGCUGAUUAUUUGGUGUUAGCAAAUGUGGGAGAUAGCCGGAUACCUCCUCCGUCAUCCCAAAUUGAGAAACAAGUUAAGUCGGUGUUGACUCUCACAAGAGCAUGUUUGAACUCAAAUCCACAUGAAAGGCCAACAAUGCACCAAGCUUCAAAUCUGUUAAUUAGAAUCUGCUUUGAAUUGACAUCUUCAGCUUGAUAAAGUGUACAUUCGAUGUUCUUAAUUUUUCUGUAGUUUCUUAUGAUGCUCCUGACUAUAUGUAUACAAUUGAAUGCCAAGGAUGAUUGCAAUCCUUCUACUCAAUACAGGAAAAAAGUGUUAGCUACACAAGUUUUGCCUUUAUUUCGAGGUGAAAUUUUGAAGUGGAAAAGUAAUAUACAAGGUUUCUAC